AUGGAAAAGGACCAGCAGUACACAAUCUCGAGUGAUGCGCAGACGGGCGUGCGCAACAUUGAGGCCGCUGCCGUCGUCUGGAGCAAGUGGCACCUGGUCGCGGCCUACGCAUGCAUAUGGCUGAUAUAUUUCGUGUCGUCGACCCAAGAGGUCGUCGUCCAGUCGCUGUCGCCCUUCGUGACGAGCAGCUUCUCGGCGCACGCGCUGACGCCCAUCGCCGGCGUCAUCGCGAGCAUCAUCGCCGGCCUGUCCAAGCUGGCGCUGGCCAAGAUCCUCGACCUGUGGGGCCGCCCCCAGGGCAUCAUUCUCAUGCUGAUCAUCUGGAUCAUUGGCUUCGUCAUGAUGGCCGUGUGCAAGAACGUCGAGACGUAUGCCGCCGCCGACGUGUUUUCGCUCGUCGGAGCCCAGGGCGUGAGCUACUGCCUAACCGUGUUCAUCGCUGACACGUCAGCACUCCGAAACAGAGGGCUGAUGCUGGCGUUCGCCACGUCGCCGUACAUUGUGACGCCGUGGGUGGGCGGGCCCAUCUCGGACGCCUUCGUCCACGGGCCCGGGUGGCGGUGGGGGUUCGGCGUGUUCGCCAUCAUCACGCCCGUCGUGGUGCUGCCGCUGGCGCUGCUGUUCUUGUGGGGCCAGCACCGCGCGACCAAGCUCGGCGUCGUGGCGCCGCCGCGCCGCCGCCUCACGGGCCGCGCCGUGUGGGACUUUGCCGUGCAGUUCGACCUGCUCGGCGUGCUGCUGCUGGCGGGCGGCAUGGCGCUGGUGCUGCUGCCGCUCAGUAUCUGGAGGUACCAGGCCGAGGAGUGGCGGUCGCCGCUGAUCAUCUGCAUGCUCGUGUUUGGCGUCGUGCUGGUGGUGCUGUUUGUGCUGUACGAGAGCCUGCUGGCGCCCGUCAACUUCAUCCCCAUGCACCUGCUGGGCGACCGGACCGUGCUACUGGCGGGCAUAAUGCUGACCUUUGUCUUCUUCAACUCGGCCGUGUGGGGCAGCUACUUUGUGUCGAUGCUUAUCGUGGUGUGGAACCAGACCAUUACGAAGGCCACGUACAUCAGCAAUAUCUACCGCGUGGGGUCGUGCUUCUCGGCCUUGGUGCUCGGCUACGCGAUCCGCCGGACGGGCCGCUUCAAGUGGGUGGCGCUGUACUUCAGCCUGCCGCUGAUGAUUCUGGGUGUCGGUCUCAUGGUGAAGUUCCGGCAGCCUGAUAGCAAUAUUGGCUUCGUGAUCAUGACGCAGAUCUUUGUGGCCUUUGCCGGCGGGCCGCUGGUAGUGGCUGCUGAGAUGGCCAUGAUGGCGCCCGUCGACCACCAGCACCUCGCCGCCAUCCUGGCCAUCCUGGACCUGUUCGGGAGCGUGGGGUAUGCCGUGGGAGCGAGCGUUGCCGGCGCCAUCUGGGCAGGUACCUUCCCGGCCGCCCUGGCCAGACACUUGCCCGCAGGCACCCCCAUCGAGAAUAUCUACAGCAGCAUCUACUCGCAGCUUGGCUAUCGCGUGGGGACCGAAAUCCGCGCCGGCAUUAGCCUGGCCUACGGCGAUGCCCAGCGCUACAUGCUCAUCACGAGCUUGGUGGCUCUGGCUGCCGCUCUGGCCUGCGCCGCGUUCUGGAAGGACAUCAAGCUCAAGGACUUGCAUCAGGUGAAGGGGAAUGUUGUGUAA